AUGACAGCUUGCGCAGCUUUCGUAGCUGUUUCACCCCAGCAUCCAGUUGUUUCAUUUGACUUUGCGGUUCAGGACUUUUUUGUUUCAUGUGCCUCGGUGGAUGCGGAAUCUUUUGAUCUGUAUUACUGCCUGCUUCGUGACAAGUAUCGUUGA